UGGGAACUGAGAGUGAAAUACAUCAAGAAUGCGUCAACAGACGUCUCCAGACCGUGCACCGUUCACCAGCGAGCACUGUGACGGAGCGGCUGGGCUGCACGUAAUCAGCCUGCACCGCCCCAGUCAUGCUCGCGCUGGCAAAGCUGCAUGUCCUGCAAGUAAGCGAGCCUUGUCUGCUGCGUUGCUCUCGCAGCCCAGCCCCAUGUUGUCAUCAUCAAAUCCCUUUGCUUGCCCCGCUCACUUCAUCACACUUACAAGCUUGUUGUUUUUGACGAUCCUUUGCUUUUACGUGUGCACGCCAGCUGGUUGUAGGUCGAUGCUCUUGACGCCAUACGUCCAGAACCCCUCAGCUCAGCCCCGCGCACGUGGCCGUUGACUUAGCGUGCACGUGAUACGUCAACUACGACCACCGCACACAGGCCGCCCUGCUACCCAUGACUCGGCGUCGCCUUGAUGCGACGGAAUACACUGUGGGAUGGAUAUGCGCGCUGCCUGUCGAGCUAGCCGCAGCGCAGGUGAUGCUCGACGAAGAACAUGACGGCCAUCAUUCGACCCAGUACACGCUGGGCCGCAUAGGUAACCACAACGUCGUUCUGGCAUGCUUACAGGCCGGCCGAAUGGGAAUCGGCCCUGCUGCGUUCAGUGCAGGACAUCUUGCAUCUACGUUCCCGUCAAUUCGCCUCGGGCUGAUGGUGGGCAUCGGUGGCGGAGUUCCAAGUGCAGCAGACGUGCGACUGGGAGACGUCGUGGUCAGCCAACCGGUGCUACAGCAUAGCGGAGUGGUGCAAUAUGACUUUGGCAAGACAGGAAAGGACGGACAACUGACGCGGACCGGGUCCAUGAACGCGCCACCGAAGGCGCUGCUUCACGCUGUCACUCAGCUGAGGGCACGCCGCUAUCAGGGCACCCAAGGCCGCGAUUCUUUUUCAACUCAUCUAGCAGCCUUCGACAAGAUCCCAAACUUCACUCGCGAGAAAGCUGGGUCUGACGUUCUGUACAAGGGAACGUAUCAACAUGACGGCGGAGCGACGUGUGAGCUGUGCAGCGAGGACCAGAUCCUGCCCCGUAUGGCUCGAGAGUCGGACGAGGAAGUGACAAUCCACUACGGCACAAUAGCAUCUGGCAACCAGGUGAUCAAGGACGGGCUAACGCGAGAUCGACUGAGCAAAGAGCUUGGCGGCGUGCUAUGCUUUGAGAUGGAAGCGGCAGGCCUAAUGAACGACUUUUCGUGCCUUGUAGUGCGAGGCAUCUGCGACUACGCCGAUUCGCACAAGAACAAGGCGUGGCAGCCGUAUGCUGCCGCGACUGCAGCAGCAUGUGCAAAAGACAUCUUGUCACUUGUACCCGCGCCAGAGGUCGUGAAAGCUGCAGUGGCGAGCAAAGCUACGUACCACGUCCCCUUCAGCCUGAAGAAUGUGCCUGUGGGAAAGUUUGCAGAGCGACCGCGAGACACGGAAGCACUAGAGCGAGUACUACUACCGCAAGACAACGUAAAGCAACGGCGAUUGCUUGCGGCCCACGGACUGGGUGGCGCGGGCAAGACACAGCUUGCAGCCAACUUCGCUCGGAGACACCAGAACCGCUUUACUUCGGUGCUGUGGUUGGAUGGGAGCAGCGAAAGUAACCUCAAGCAGAGCUUUGCAGCAUUUACAAGCCGUAUCCCGGAAGGCCAGAUUCCCGAGACUAGCAGGCUUUCUGCCGCUACCCAGGGCAGCGACAUCGACAUGGUAGUGAGAGACGUGCUAGCAUGGUUGAGCGUGCCGGAAAAUAGCGACUGGCUGCUGAUAAUUGACAACGUGGAUCGGGACCAUCGACGGUGUGAAGAUCUAGAGGCGUACGAUGUGCAAGACUAUCUACCCGAGGCUGACCAUGGAUCGGUACUGAUCACAACCCGUCUUCCCCAGCUGGGCCAGCUCGGAGAGGGUUGGGAGGUGAGAACAGUAGACAAAGAACAAGCUCAAGCCAUCUUCAAGACAUGGUACGGUAGAAGCGUUCCCCGAGAGGGAGAUGAGUUACUAGAGCUGCUCGAUGGGCUACCUCUGGCUUUGACACAGGCCGCAGCGUACAUGAAUGAGACAGGCACGAGUUUCAAUACUUACACUCGUUUGUACAAAGAGCAGUGGCGGGAGCUGAUGAAAUCGCGUGAUGGCGGAGAUAUCCCGCUACGGAGUUACGCAAAUGGUAGUGUGGCAACCACCUGGAUGAUGUCCUACACAGCUCUCCGACAUAGUAAUGAGGCAGCUGCGAAUCUGUUGCUAUUGUGGGCGCAUCUGAACAACACGGACUUGUGGUAUGGGAUGCUGGCUAAUGUAUCGCGGCACCCACCGACUGCAUCCGCGGAGCGAAAGGCAGCACGCUUUAAAGCUUCCAGGCUAAUGGUGGCAUGGCUUGGAGACAUCGCUUGCAGCGAAACUGCGUUUAUAGAGGCUAUCAGGACGCUCCGAAGCUACUCUCUAGUGGCAGCUGGAGAUGAGACGGGCUACUCAACGCACCCGGUAGUGCACCAGUGGGCACUACACAUCCAAGACGACGGUCAGCUGAUCGUGUUUUCGCGGCUAGCAAUUGGGCUCGUCGGCUGGGCACUGCCAUCUGACGGCGAGAAGCAGUACUGGGAGUCUCAAGCGCGGCUUCUUCCACACGCUGAACGGUGUGCGAAGAAGGUAGUGAGAGAGAUCUCGAGGAUUCCAAGAGGCGGGGUUGAGUCUCGCGCAAACGCUGACGAUGAGGACACAUUACUGGUCGCAGUCUGCAGUCUGGGUAGUCUCUAUCGCGAACAGUCCAAUUUUGAAACGGCAGAGUUGAUGUACACACAAGCGCUGGAAGGCUUCACAAAAAGGGACGUCGUGGCAGAUCGUUCCUCCAUGUUGCGCUUAUUUAACGGCCUAGGAAUGCUCUACGAAGAACAAGGGAACUUUGAGAAAGCGGAGGCAAUGUACACACAAUCACUAGAUGGCUCUAUGGAGAUGUAUACGGCAGAUCAUCUGGAGACCCUCAUCGUAAUGAACAACUUAGCCAACCUGUACCGAAGGCAGGACAGGCUCGAUAAGGCCGAGGAGAUAUUCUUGCAGGUGCUAGAGGGGUUCAAAAAGACACCAGGGGCUUUUUUGCUCCAGCAAGUCGUGGUCAGCAAUUUAGCCCAUACCUACGCUCGUCAAGAAAAGCUCGAUAAAGCAGAGGAGACAUUUUUGCAGGUGCUAGAGGGGUAUAAGAAGACGCUAGGGGAAGAUAGUAUUACAACGCUAGAGACGGUCGCUCAUUUAAGUAUGCUCUACCUCGAGCGGGGAAAGCUAGAUGAGGCGGAAGGGAUGUUUGUUCAGAUAAUACCUGAGUUUCAAAAGAGGGUAGGGGAAAAUCACGACCUUAUACUAGGUUUAUUCGAGGGCCUAGGCGACCUCUACAGGGCACAAGGAAACCUAGAAAAGGCAAAAGAAACGUAUUUGCGGGCACUAAACGGGCACAAAAACGCACAGGGACCAAAAGGAAUCUAUACUCGCUUACCAGCUCUCAGGACUAUUUGGAGCCUUCAUAGACUAUCUGAACAGAUGGGUCACAAGGAAGAUGCAAGAGCGUGGUGCGGAAAAUUGCUCUCGGGCUUCGAGAAGGUUUAUGGGCAAGAUGAUCACAAGUGUCAGCAAUUGCGGGACAGACUCAUCUGGCUGGACAAGACUGAGGAUGACGGGGAAGAGGACGGCGGCGACGUUCGGUGCGAGAAUGUAGGACCAGAGCAGGUCGCUCUCCUGGAUACUGGUCAUUCACAGCUUACGCGUACGUCAAGGCGGCAUCGAGUACUGAGGAAGCUAGGCUGGAGGGGAGCAUGAGGCUGGCAGUGGAAUUCGCGAGUAUUGAAGCGUUCAUCGUAUGAGAAGAACUUCUAGAACUGGUGAAUUAAUUAUGAAA